AAACUAUAAUUUAUGUGUGACAAAACAUAACAAAAUAAAAAUCAUUAUGUAGUUGUUAAUUAGUGCGUUCUUUUUAUACAAUUUCAUUUAAAUUUUGAGUUAAAAUGAAUGAGAUGGGUCAUAAUACCACUAUCAUAUCUAUCAUGAUAUGAUAAAUAUGAUAGUGAUGGAGCACUUCUACUAUGUUAUAAAGUAUGUGUGCUUUAAUGUACAACUUAAAGUUGUACCAUAACGUAAAUAUAUAAGUUUGGGUUGUACUAUAAAGGAAUUUGUACCCUUAUGUUAUGGUACAACUUCACAACUUUAAGUUGUACCAUCACAUAAAGGUACAAGUUCAAGUUGUACAAAAAAAGAAUUUAUAAAAUAGUAGGUACAAGCUGAAGUUAUACCAUAACUUUAAAGGUACAACUUGAAGUUGUACCAUAAAGGCAAAAACCUAUAGCACCAAUGCUAUAUAACAUUGUAAAAUUUCUCACAGUGAUAAUACUAUUAAUAACACAUGUUUUAAAAAGUUAAUUUUCUCUCUCAAAAUAUAGCAAAUGGAUAUCAUUGUGUAAAUUAUAAUUUUUUCUCAUAAUUAAUGGGUUCUUUCUAUGCAAUUUUUUUUAAAUUCCGAUUUAAAACAAAUGUUAUAGGGUCUUAUUAAGAAAAAUAGCGCAUUAGAAAAAGUUAUCUCUCUCGUUUGGAUUUCGUGUAAGACAGUGCAAAAAAUCAAAAAGGCGGCGAAAGUACCAGUUCGCCCUUCUUACCCUCUUCUAUUGCGAAUUAAGCUAGGUCAUUAGAUGGAAAAUGAAAUAAAGGGCGAGAGAUGAAACUUUGUAGAGGUUUUGUAGAUAGGAUUUUGUACCCUAUCUUUUCAGGAAAAAAAAUUAGCCUCUCAAAUCCUAAAUUGUAAAAGUAGAGCUGGCAAUCGGGUCGGUUCAGUUAAAACUGGUAACGUUUAGUCAAUUAACUGUACCGUUUAUACUAGUUGGUUACCGUAACCGUAUGAUCGGUUCUCGGUUAUUUGCUUGAUUAACUGGAUCGCCAUUAAGCAAGUGAUUCGACAAGGUUAUAUCAAAAUUAUCGAUCAGUAAGACCUCCUGCUUUUUCCAACUCUGCAUUUUUGUAGAUUUUAUCCUCCAUAUGUAUGUGCUCUUUUUUUAAGUUGUUCCAAAAAAAAAAAACAUAGGUGUCAAUUCAUAAUUAACACAAUCCAACACAAGUACACAAUAACACCAUGCUACCUACAAAUUUGAUUAAAGAAGCAGACAAAAAUAAGAGACCCAACAAUAAUUAAGUACUCAACUCAUAAACCCUACCAAAUUACAUGAAAGCUUAAAUGUUAAUGAUUGUUCUCGAGCUACUUGUUGCUUCUAAAACUCUUCUUUGAAAUUAUUCCCAUUUGAACCCAAGUCACUAUUACAAUUAGGGUAGGCAAGAGAUCUUGUAGACCUUUAAACAUUUCAUUAUUUUCAGCAAAUGCAUGCGGCUCCUCAAGGCCUAUUAUUUUUUGCUCUAUCUAUGAGAAUGGUUGUAAUCAGUUACUCGAUUUUCUGAACCGUCGGUUACUAACCGUUUAACUUUAGAUUAGUAAUUAGCUGAAUUUGAUCAUCAAGAAUUGACGGUUUACGGUUUAAUCGAUUAUCAACUUAACCAUUACACAUCAAUUACAAUCCGACUAUUCAUUACACUAUUAACAAGAUAACCUUUUAGCAUAAUAUGUAAAAGCCAAAAGUCGUGACCUUUCGUAGAAAACUAGUAAAUUCAGCCUCCCAUGAGCUCUAAUCCUCCAUACAUAAGAUGUUGACAAAAUGUAAUAUAAACAAAGGGCUUCUUCGAGGGGGGGAAAUUGACAUAUAUGUAGAAAACAAUAUUUGGUCACAAAAGUAAUCACCGUUCGCCGCCUAGACAGUGUAAAACACUAUUAUGAAAAAAAAUAGAAAACAAAAAGUUAAACACGUCACUAUAGUAAACUUCCGCAAAGUGGAAGGGAAGAUUUUUUCCACUCACCCCAACCACGAAAAGGAUAUCAUACAUGAGUGAUGUGUAGUGUAAUUUGUAAAUACAUAUUAGUUAUUUCGAUCGAAAUAAUUUGUUUGAAAAAAAAAUAGAAUGUGAAAUUUCAUUUCAUGAGUCAAUUGAAAUAACUUAAUAUAAGUCAUUUGAAACACCUUGUACUCACUAGUUAUUUCAAAUAACUCAUUUCUCAACCUCAUUUUUCAUUUCAUCCCUUAUCUAACUGAUGAAAUAACACAACUCUUAAAUAUUUUAUCCAAAUAAAAUCAUUGACGAAAUUACCAAAUUUCCAAUUGAAAUACCACAUAAUUAAAUGAUGCACCAUUUCGAUUCGAAAUACCACAAAAUCAAAAUGAUAUAUCCAGACGUCCCAUAGAUAUCAUUAGGGAUGGCAAUUUUGACCUGACCCGUUUUACCCGAACUGUUUGACCUGUUUUGGGGCGAGUUCGACCCGCCCCGUAGGCGGGGCGGGGCGGGCAUGAGUACUCUCAUCGACCCGACCUGUCCUGACCGCCCCAUUCUCGACCCGUUCUUGCCUAAAUUACACGUAAUUUUAGUCAAAUUACUUAGGAUUUCUCUUUUAUUACAUCAAAUCUUAGCUAUAAUAAAGACGUAAAUUAGUGAAAACCUCAAUUUCUCCAAUAAUUUAACUAUAUUUCUCAUAAUAUUGUUUAUUUCCUUGGUCUUAUAAUAAAAACAACGAAUAUUUCUAAUAUUUUUCAUAUAAAUUGCAUACCCAUUGGGUCGACCUGCCGCGACCCGUGAUAAAUUACCCGACUUGGAUCCGACCUGCCACGGGGGGUCUGGGUACCAAGAAACCCGCCCCGAACCUGCCUAUUGCCAUUCCUAGAUACCAUGAGUAAUGGAGGCUCUUUGCUGGGACCUGCCAACGCAUACCAUUGGGCCGAUAGCAGAGACUGAUUUCUAAAGUCUAAAAGGUCGUAGUAGGAGUAGGAAAAGAAAGAAAGCCUGAAAUGAGCAUAGUAUCCGCUCGCUUUCUAAAACGGAGAUAAUGUUUUUCCGCACGUGAUCCACGCUAACUAAUUAUUAUUAUUUUUUGUAGAUCCACCGCAUGCUGGAGACGUGUGAAAAUCAAACCGAACCGAACCCAUCGUCCUGCCCCACACUCACUAAAUGUAUAUAAUAUUAAAGUAAACCCUCCCUCUCCGAACCAACAUUCUCCCACAACUUGCUUUUUUUUUUCUUCUUUCGCUUCCAUCCCCACCGCUACAAAGAAUUUCCUCCCGACGGCCACCCCAUAUGGCGGCGGUCGGAGCAACAACCACGACGCUACUGCUGCUUCUGCUGCAAAUUCCAUUCCUCAUCUUUCUCAACACUUCCGCUGAACCCCUAAACUCCCAUCUGAGCUCCGCCGUACCCGAAUCGGGGAACUCUUCGGCCAAGGAGCGGAUCGCGGCGCUGGCGAAUGACGAGGCGACGGUGGAUUGGAUGCGGCGAGUGAGGCGGAAGCUUCACGAGAACCCCGAGCUUGCGUACGAGGAGUACGAGACGAGUGAGCUGAUCAGGGAAGAGCUCGAUCGGAUGGGCAUUUCGUACCGGUGGCCGGUCGCCAAGACCGGGAUCGUGGCGACAAUUGGGUCCGGCGAGCCGCCGUUCGUUGCUCUCCGAGCGGAUAUGGAUGCUCUGCCUAUCCAGGAGAUGGUUGAAUGGGAGCAUAAGAGCAAGGUGGAUGGGAAAAUGCAUGCUUGUGGCCAUGAUGCUCAUGUUGCAAUGCUGCUUGGUGCUGCAAAAGUUCUCCUACAGUUGAGAGACACAUUGCAGGGAACUGUGGUCCUGAUAUUUCAACCAGCAGAGGAGAAGGGGAAUGGCGCAAAAGACAUGAUACAAGAAGGUGCACUAGACAAGGUGGGAGCAAUUUUUGGGAUUCAUGUAGCUCAUGUCUUCAAUGCGGGUUCGGUAGCUUCCCGGCCUGGGCAGUUCCUUGCUGGAUGUGGAAGCUUCAAGGCGAAGAUCACCGGAAAAGGAGGUCACGCAGCAAUUCCUCAGAAUUCCAUCGAUCCAAUUAUUGCAGCUUCUUCAUCAGUCAUCAGCUUGCAGAACAUAGUUUCAAGGGAAGCUGAUCCUCUAGAUUCUCAGGUGGUUUCCGUGGCAAUGAUCAAUGGAGGAAACGCAUUCAAUGUAAUUCCAGAUUCGGCCACCAUAGCGGGAACAUUCAGGGCCUUUAGCAGGGAAACUUUCAAAGCCCUCAGGGAGAGAAUCAAAGAGGUUAUUGGAGCACAAGCCGCUGUGCACAGAUGCACCUCAGAAGUGGAUUUCGAUGGAAAAGAACACCCCAGCAUCCCGCCAACCGUCAACGACCCUGAGAUCUACGAGCUAUCAAGGCAGGCCUCAGUUGACAUAGUCGGGGAAUCCAAUACUAAGGUGUCCCCUAGCUUCAUGGGGAGUGAAGAUUUUGCUUUCUACUUGGAGAAAGUACCUGGUUCGUUCAUGUUUGUAGGCAUUAGGAAUGAGAAACUUGGGGCCAUAUACCCUCCCCACAACCCUUACUUUUCCAUAGAUGAAGAUGCCUUGCCUGUUGGGGCAGCUGUACAUGCAUCUUUUGCACAUUCUUUCCUCUCUAGUUCAACUAGAAAUUCGAGUUCUUAGUUCUUCCUCUUAGAUUUUUCAUCAGUAAAUAGUUAGUCUUAUC